UGUUUCCAACAGUAUGAGGCUGAUGCUAAAGGAGAAAAGCUCUGUGGGUAAUGGGAGACAUCGCCAAACCAAACUGCACACCUGGUACUAGUGAUGUCAUGCUUUGCUGUCACUGGUCCUAUUUGCUAAAGAAGUUACCUUCAGAGACCAAGUGUCAGGGUUGAUUUUUUUGAGAGGUGUUGCCCCAGUUCUUUGGCUCCUGGCUUGGAAGAAUCACAAGCCCGGCCAUGCCCGGGAGUCAUGACAGACACAGCAACUCACACAAGCAGCUUUUUGGAGAAGACGCUGGGCUCUUACCACACUUCUACUUUUAUGUCUGUACCUUACGAUAUGCUAAAUGGUGGGUGGAAUAUUCAUCACUUUCUUGAGAAAAGGGUGGAGAAUUUUUAGAGCUAAGGGCCGUCUGUCAGAGCCAUGGCACUGAUUUUUACUGUGCUCAUGUAUGUUAAUGGCGAAAAGGUUACGUUUGGAUGUGAGCUCCUAGUUUCUGUGCAUGCUCCUGGUCGGGAAAAGUCCCUAACCGCAAGUUCCUGAUGUUGUGGGUUAGGUUCUAAAUGCUCAUCGGCCGCCAUAUUUUUGCCCCCUCCUCUGUUCCUGUGGUUAAUGCUGCCCACCUGCCCCUGCCCCUAACACAGCCAUCUCCAGAAGCUGCGCCAGUUUUGUAAAGCCCCCUGUUAAUUUGCGGUAAGGGCCUUGGCAGUAAUCUUGGGGCUCCAUAAACACCCCUCCUUAGGACUCAUCACACUGUGCUGAAUUCCUUUGUCCUCACAUCUGACUCCCCCAGCGGGCUGCCCAGAGCUGGGCAGGACUGUCUGCUGCUCAUCUCAGAACUCCCCCAAACCCAGCUCAGAGCCUGUCCCAGGGCCCAGUGCUCAGUACCUGUUAAAUGAGCAAAACAGAAAAACAAUUAAGAAAUAGAAAGGAUUUGCCUCGUGCAGGAAAGAAAAUGGUACAAAUCUGAUAACACACAUUUAAAGACAUGUCUAGGAGCAACUAAAAUCUGCUAAUGUGUUUUAAAUCCAUAUGAAAGAAUUCAAGUGGGUGGUGAGAUACUCCAUUUCUUAAAAGAGCUAUUGGACUGUCAGGAAAAUGUGUGGUUUAAAAAAAAAAAAAACUAUCAAAAUACUGGAAUAAGAUGUAUAUGUUUUAAUCACUAAGAAGCAGUGUCCCUGGUGAGGAGGGAGGGUGCACCAGUGCAAAUGAAAUGGUGUAUACACACAGAGAGAAAGGGAGCCCCGGAUAAUUAAGGAUGGCAGUGACGUCCUGGUGUCUAGAAUGUCCAGCUGUCCUUCCGCACGGUGCCUGUGUCCAUGGGCGCACAUACUAUGUCUCCCACCCACAGAGGGGGCCCACCCACCUAGGAAGGGUCAUUUUUAAUAGCAGCUUUGGUGGAAUAUACACUAAAAAGUACUAUCAUUAAGCACGCUUUAAAGUCCCAAUUAGCUGGACACAGCACAACAUACUUUCUGAAAAGAGAACAUGAAACCAGACCAAUCUAUUAGCAUUCUUCGAGGAGGGAGAUAGGGGCCUGGAGUCGAGGGAGAAACCCAGGGAUGAAUUAUGUUUAGACUUUCAAAAUUCCUGCUGAUGAAGUUUCACCCCGAAGGUCAUUUACAAUAGUAAGUCGCUCCAGCACAGGGGGUGGAAAUCGCCACCGCAGACCGGAAUUAUCCUCAGACAGGAAACAAAAAAUAGGAUAAACAGGUACUUUUCUGGAUGAAGAAUUAUUAACAGUGGGGAUCCCCCAGGAUUGUGGGUAUGCCCAGACUUAGUUUACAUUUACAUGGAUUAUCGGAAGGAGAGGAAGCUCAGAUGGUUCCAGGCCUUGGGAUGAAACGAAGGCUCUGCAGAGAUAGCAAACAAAUGGUGAUUAACUGCAGGAUGAGCUUAUGAGUGAGCAAGAAAAUGCAUAUUAAGCUUUUGCAGGCACAAGUCUUAGUUAAUGCAUUUACGAGAACAUAAUCCAAAUUACAAGAAAAGGAACUCUGUCCGGUCUGUUUAUAGCCACAAGGGGAUCCUGGGGGUCUUUGCAAGACAUUUGUUUGCUAAAGGGCACUCAGGACCAAGUGUUGAGAAAAUGCUAAAAUGCUACCAGAAAUGGUACUGGGAACCAAGCCGAAAAUAAUAUUCCACCUGGGCUAUACCCAAACCAGGCCAUUUUAUUACCUUCCCCUUGAGAAAAACACCUCACAGCUAUUUAAGGGUGAGCAACAUAGUCUCCCAGGGCGCUUCACGAGAGGCUGUGCUCCUUCGUUCCCUAAGGGCUCCAGUGCAGAAAGAUGAAGCCAGAAAAGUGCUAUGAUCAAAGUCUGUAAAACUUUGAAGGUUGUAGAAAGAGGGGACAGGGACUGGUUCAUCAAAUCUGAGACGACCCAGACCCCAGAGUAGCCCUUGAAGUUGGAAAGAGGAAUUUGAGGGAUAAAUUAAAAAUAAGGAUUAAUUCCCACUCUUGAGUUGUUAAUUGUUAGUUCCUCAAAACAUGGUCUAGGCAAACAUUUUUCAGGGGGUAGGAGCAGGGGAGGAUGCCCAAGAACUUUUGCCAAACUCUUGGCCAAUAAACAAAUGAUGGAUUGAGAGCCAUUGGCUGCAUAUCCCUGCACUUCCAAGGUUGGCAAGAACCCCCAGGACCAGUGUUGGAUCAUCAGCUUCCUCCAUAGUAGACAGGGUUCUGUUAGGACAAGUGAAAGAAAUCUAAAUCAAACUAGUUUCAGCAAAACAAGGAACUUUGUGGGCUCCCGUAGCUGGAACAAAUCCUAGUAUAGCUCACAGGCAGUCAGAGAAGAGCCACAGGGGGAGUCCUGUGCUGCAGACUGGCUUGGAGAGGGGGUUAGCCCUGAAAAAUCCCCAUCGCUCCCCAGAAAGCUGGCCAGAUAAAAUACAGCUUAACUGAAAACAGUAUGACAGCUCUGCAAAUGCAACCUCAACCCCCAGUACUCAUAAACACUUCCCACCAGAUUGCUACCCUGUGUUGGAGUCAGAGAUCAGAAACUGGGGCUUCCCCUAUAGCAACAGUCUCAGGAAAGAUUCUGAUUGGUCUAGCUUGGGUAACAUGCCAAUCACUGUUUUAGUGAAAGUGAUUGUUAAGUUAUCUGUCUUGCUUUGACUUUAAGCCCAAGGGGUAUAAACUGAUUGAGUUGACCUGGAGCUUCUGUGCACUUCCCAGGAGGGAGGAGGGCAUGGGCCUGAGAUUGAUGGAACUUAGAAACCCAGCUAUUCCCCUACAUAUGAGGAGACCACCUUGAAAAUGCUGAUGCCCAGGCUCUGCCCCCAGAGAUUCAGAUUCAGCUGUUUUGGAGGGGGGCCUAGGCAUCUGUAUUAUUUUUAGAUCCCCACACUGGUCUCCCAAAAGAAUAGCCUCCCCCGACCCUUUGAGGCCUUGGGUAGGGCUCCCAGGAGCUUCACAGGCUUUCUGCAGCUCUUGCUCUGUUUCUACAGCUUUGCCGCCUUCUCCUACAGCCGUACUCCUGCGCUUGCAGAUUCUCAGGCAAGCCACACCUUGCACAUGUUGUACUCGAUGCUCCUACCUGGAGUUCUCUCCUUGGUCCUCCCUCCUUGACCACCGCCUUCCCCAGUACACAGCACACUCCCGCACGGGGACAGCAUCCCUCCCCUCCCUGCACCCCAGGCUGGGCUGGAGGCCCCUGGCGCCCGUGUUCUGUGUCUCCUCUGCCAGAGUCUCUGUUAUGCUUAAUUGAAAGUGAUUGUUAAGUCAUCUGCCUUGCCUUGACUUUAAGCCCAGUGGGGACUUGCUCACUGUCAUUGGAAUCAGUGGCACACACAGCAUGCCAAGCAUGGGGUUUGCAGUGCUCAGCUCUGCAUAUUUGAGCCAGUUAUUGGGGAGAGGCUAGUGGUAACAGGCCGAGCUGGAUGGAUGGGUAUGGGGAGAGGGGCAGGACGCUCAGCCCUGGGAUUCUGGCCGACCCUCGCCUUCCUUCUCUGCAGCUUCCCCGCAGGCAGCUCCCCGUGCAAGAUCCUCAAGUGCAACUCUGAGUUCUGGAGCGCCACGUCCGGCAGCCACGCCCUGGCCUCAGACGACGCCCCCGAGUUCUGCGCCGCCCUGCGCACCUACGCCCUGUGCACGCGGCGGACGGCCCGCACCUGCCGGGGCGACCUGGCCUACCACUCGGCCGUCCAUGGCAUAGAGGACCUCAUGAGCCAGCACAACUGCUCCAAGGACGGCCCCACCUCGCAGCCGCGCCUGCGCGUGCUCCCGCCGGCCGGGGACAGCCAGGAGCGCUCGGACAGCCCCGAGAUCUGCCACUAUGAGAAGAGCUUCCACAAGCACUCGGCCGCCCCCAACUACACGCACUGUGGCCUCUUCGGGGACCCGCACCUCAGGACUUUCACAGACCGCUUCCAGACCUGCAAGGUGCAGGGUGCCUGGCCGCUCAUCGACAAUAAUUACCUGAACGUGCAGGUCACCAACACACCUGUGCUGCCCGGCUCAGCCGCCACCGCCACCAGCAAGCUCACCAUCAUCUUCAAGAACUUCCAGGAGUGCGUGGACCAGAAGGUGUACCAGGCCGAGAUGGACGAGCUCCCAGCCGCCUUCGCCGACGGCUCUAAGAACGGCGGGGACAAGCACGGGGCCAACAGCCUGAAGAUCACCGAGAAGGUGUCGGGCCAGCACGUGGAGAUCCAGGCCAAGUACAUCGGCACCACCAUCGUGGUGCGCCAGGUGGGCCGCUACCUGACCUUCGCGGUCCGCAUGCCCGAGGAGGUGGUCAACGCCGUGGAGGACCGGGACAGCCAGGGCCUCUACCUCUGCCUGCGGGGCUGCCCCCUCAACCAGCAGAUCAACUUCCAGGCCUUCCGAGCCAACGCCGAGGGCCCUGGCACCCGCAGGCUGGCAGCCGCCAGCCCCUCGCCCGCGGCCCCCGAGACCUUCCCGUACGAGACGGCCGUGGCCAAGUGCAAGGAGAAGCUGCCCGUGGAGGACCUGUACUACCAGGCCUGCGUCUUCGACCUGCUCACCACGGGCGACGUGAACUUCACGCUGGCAGCCUACUACGCCUUGGAGGACGUCAAGAUGCUGCACUCCAACAAGGACAAACUGCAUCUGUACGAGAGGACUCGGGAGCUGCCGGGCGGGGUGGCCGCUGCGGGGCUGCCCCCGGGCCCCCGGCCCCUCCUGGGCACCCUGGUGCCGCUGCUCGCCCUGCUCCCUGUGUUCUGGUAGGCGGGGGCGCCAGCUCUGUCCCCAGCUCCGGGCGCCUGCCGUCGGCUUCUCUCUGGGCCCAGCAGCCUCUGCAGCGCCCAGGAGCGGAGGCAGGAGCGGCCUCAGGGACUGCCCCCACCUUGGGGUGUCUGCUGGCAAGGGCUGGGGGCACGGGCCCUCCCCCUCCCUAGUGCACGUGACAAAGUUGUGGUGACUGGUGCUGUGAUGUCUGUGACAGUAGAGCUGUGUGAGAGGGAGAGCAGCUCCCCUCGCCCCACCCCCGCAGUGUGAAUGUGCAAACCCCCCACGCCCCGCCCUGCACCUCCCCAGAGAGACACUGGGACCCGUCUGAGUCAGCCCCUCCCACGCCCUUGCGAUGCACUGAGACAAGCCCGGCUGACUGCUGCUCACCUGUGCCCGCCACACGCACACACUCCCACACGCAUCCGCGCACACACUAAGCCAGCGGACGCCCCAGACAGGGCCUCCUUACCUAAGGGGGGACACACCCAGGGCAUGGCUCGGCAUCUUCGGGCAAAUUGAUGCGACCUUCUGGCCAAUAGAUGGCGCCCUCCUGGCACCUUCUCCCCGGUGGCCCCCCUUGGGCUCGAGUUCGGCACCUGGUGGGAUGCCCUUCUCGGGCUCUGCGCCCCGCUCCUUCCCCACUGCACCUAGAAAGUCCGAGUGCUUGUUCUAAAGGUCUAACAGAGAAGAGAUCCCUGGACUUCUGCUCCUCCCCUCCAGCAGAUACAAGAGCCCUGGGCGGGGGACCCUGGCCCCAGGGUGUGGGCAGGAGACCGGGGAUAGGGCCAGCUGGCCUGCCCUCAUCCUCCGCCUCCUCCUCACCUCCCUGCAGGGUGAGAAUCCACCUGUGCCUGGAUCCUGGGGCGCCGAGCAGGGUCGCAGAACCCUCUCAGCCCCAGCACCCCUGGCAGGGUCUCCUCCUCUCGUCCCUUCCCUAAGCACAGUGGCCACAGGAGAGCCCAGGACAGUCCUGCCUCUACUGCUGUCCCAGAGACGCCAGGGGCCAGCGCGGGGCUGGGCUGCGCUCCCCAAAGGCACAGCCAGGCCCCCUCUGGCGUCCCGCCGGCAGCCCCACACCCCUACCCGUCAGCAUCCCCGCAGCCCCUCUGCUGCUCCCCAGGGACCUCUCAUACACUGGCCAGGAGGCUGCGGACGCGUGUCUCCCCCUCCCCCUCGAGGUCCCUCCCCCUGUGCGGGCACCGUGGGGGCCUGGGAAGGGGCUCGGCUGGCCCCCCGUCCCUGCUGGUGUUUAGAUGGCCCCUCUGUCGGAAGUAAAAAGUGAAGCACUUUAUUUUGGUUGUGUUUGAUCACGUUCUGCUUGGAAGUGGGGACCCCUCACUGCGUCCAUGUGUCAGCGACCGGUGUGGAGUGUCGCCGCGUGUACAUACUGUAAAUUAUUUAUUAAUGGCUAAAUGCAAGUAAAGUUCGGGUUUUUUUGUUUUGUUAUUUUGUUUUAGA